GAGUUACUAAGUUCAAUUUAUAAAGAACAAAUACAGAGUCGGAUUAAGCAUGAUCAUUUGUUGUCCAAGCUUGAACAGGUAGAAAAGGCAGUAAACAAAAUAGGAGUGAUCAAUAAUAUUUCAACUGCAAUGCCUGAUUUUGAUAGCACUUUUAUGGCAAAUUGGCCCAUGAAAAACGAGCAAAUGUUUCUAAAUGUUUCUAAAUGUUUAUUAGAGGAUUCGUUUGUUUCUUUAGUAGAAAAUUGGUUUAUGUCUAUUGGCGGAAAUUCAGUAAAAGACAAUUUGAAGAGAGUUCUUAGUAACAUUUUUAGUAAUGAGUUUGCCAUACAUUGUUCUUGGACGGGAAGAGGAAAAAAUGUUACUACCAAAUUAUGUGACUCCAAAAUUGUGAUUGUAUUAAAAAGGUGUAUAAAAAAUCAAAAAGAAUACAGUGAUGCUUUAUUUGAAUCGUGUUUGGCUGAUUGGUUCCGUUAUGCCACAACAAGACACAAGAGAUCGUUAGAUUGA